AUGGGCGCCUAUCUCUAUGGGCGCCUAUCUCUAUGGGCGCCUAUCUCUAUGGGCGCCUAUCUCUAUGGGCGCCUAUCUCUAUGGGCGCCUGUCUCUAUGGGCGCCUAUCUCUAUGGGCGCCUAUCUCUAUGGGCGCCUAUCUCUAUGGGCGCCUAUCUCUAUGGGCGCCUAUCUCUAUGGGCGCCUAUCUCUAGGGGCGCCUAUCUCUAUGAGCGCCUAUCUCUAGGGGGGCACCUAUCUCUAUGGGUGCCUAUCUCUAUGGGCGCCUAUCUCUAUGGGCGCCUAUCUCUUGGGGCGCCUAUCUCUAUGGGCGCCUAUCUCUAUGGGCGCCAAUCUCUAGGGGCGCCUAUCUCUAGGGGCGCCUAUCUCUAUGGGCGCCUUUCUCUAUGGGCACCUAUCUCUAUGGGCGCCUAUCUCUAUGGGUGCCUAUCUCUAUGGGCGCCUAUCUCUAUGGGCGCCUAUCUCUAUGGGCGCCAAUCUCUAUGGGCGCCUAUCUCUAUGGGCGCCUAUCUCUAUGGGUGCCUAUCUCUAGGGGUGCCUAUCUCUGGCCACCUAUCUCUAUGGGCGCCUAUCUCUAUGGGCGCCUAUCUCUAUGGGCGCCUAUCUCUAGGGGCGCCUAUCUCUAGGGCCGCCUAUCUCUAUGGGCGCCUAUCUCUAUGGGCGCCUAUCUCUAUGGGCGCCUAUCUCUAUGGGCGCCUAUCUCUAUGGGCGCCUAUCUCUAUGGGCGCCUAUCUCUAUGGGCGCCUAUCUCUAGGGGGGCGCCUAUCUCUAGGAGUGCCUAUCUCUAGGGGCGCAUAUCUCUAUGGGCGCCAAUCUCUAAGGGCACCUAUCUCUAUGGGCGCCUAUCUCUAUGGGCGCCUAUCUCUAGGGGCGGCUAUCUCUAUGGGCGUCUAUCUCAAGGGGUGCCUAUCUCUAGGGGUGCCUAUCUCUAUGGGCGCCUAUCUCUAUGGGCGCCUAUCUCUAUGGGCGCCUAUCUCUAGGGGUGCCUAUCUCUAUGGGCGCCUAUCUCUAGGGGCGCCUAUCUGGGCACCUAUCUCUAUGGGUGCCUAUCUCUAUGGGCGCCUAUCUCUAUGGGCGCCUAUCUCUAGGGGCGCCUAUCUCUAUGGGCGCCUAUCUCUAUGGGCGCCUAUCUCUAUGGGCGCCUAUCUCUAUGGGCGCAUAUCUCUAUGGGCGCCAAUCUCUAGGGGCACCUAUCUCUAUGGGUGCCUAUCUCUAUGGGCGCCUAUCUCUAGGGGCGCCUAUCUCUAUGGGCGCCUAUCUCUAUGGGUGCCUAUCUCUAUGGGCGCCUAUCUCUAUGGGCGCCUAUCUCUAGGGGCGCUUAUCUCUAUGGGCGGGCGCCUAUCUCUAUGGGCGCCUAUCUCUAUGGGCGCCUAUCUCUAUGGGCGCCUACCUCUAUGGGCGCCUAUCUCUUUGGGCGCCUAUCUCUAUGGGCGCCUAUCUCUAGGGGCGCCUUUCUCUAGGGGUGCCUAUCUCUAUGGGCGCCUAUCUCUAUGGGCGCCUAUCUCUAGGGGCGCUUAUCUCUAUGGGCGUCUAUCUCUAGCAGCGCCCAUCUCUAUAGGCGCCUAUCUCCAGGGGCGCCUAUCUCUAGGGGCGCCUAUCUCUAUGUGCGCCUAUCUCUAUGGGCGCCUCUCUUUAGGGGCGCCAAUCUCUAGAGGCGCUUAUCUUUUUGGGCGCCUAUCUGGGCGCCUAUCUCUAGGGGCGCCUAUCUCUAUGGGCGUCUAUCUCUAUGGGCGCCUAUCUCUAGGGGCGCCUAUCUCUAUGGGCGGGGGCCUAUCUCUAGGGGCGCCUAUCUCUAUGGGCGCCUAUCUCUAUGGGCGCAUAUCUCUAUGGGCGCCUAUCUCUAUGGGCGCCUAUCUCUAUGAGCGCCUAUCUCUAUGGGCGGGCGCCUAUCUCUAUGGGCGCCUAUCUCUAGGAGCGCCUAUCUCUAGGGGCGCAAAUCUCUAUGGGCGCCAAUCUCUAGGGGCACCUAUCUCUAUGGGCGCCUAUCUCUAUGGGCGCCUAUCUCUAGGGGCGCCUAUCUCUAUGGGCGCCUAUCUCUAUGGGCGCCUAUCUCUAGGGUUGCCUAUCUCUAGGGGCGCCUAUCUCUAUGGGCGCCUAUCUUUAUGGGCGCCUAUCUCUAUGGGCGCCUAUCUCUAUUGGCGCCUAUCUCUAUGGGCGCCUAUCUCUUUGGGCGCCUAUCUCUAUGGGCGCCUAUCUCUAGGGGCGCCUAUCUCUAGGGGCGCCUAUCUCUAUGGGCGCCUAUCUCUAUGGGCGCAUAUCUCUAUGGGCGCCUAUCUCUACGGGCGCCUAUCUCUAUGGGCGCCUAUCUCUAUGGGCGCUUAUCUCUAG